AUGUUGCUUCCGAACAUCCUGCUCACGGGUACACCAGGGGUUGGAAAAACCACACUAGGCAAAGAACUUGCAGCAAGAUCUGGAUUGAAAUACGUUAAUGUGGGUGAUUUAGCUCAAGAAGGACAGUUAUAUGAUGGCUAUGAUGAAGAAUAUGACUGUCCUAUUUUAGAUGAAGAUAGAGUAGUUGAUGAGUUAGAAAACCAAAUGAGUGAAGGUGGAGUUAUUAUUGAUUACCAUGGUUGUGAUUUCUUCCCUGAACGCUGGUUUCAUAUAGUUUUUGUGCUGAAAACAGAUAACAGUAUAUUGUACAAAAGACUUGAAACAAGGGGUUAUAAUGAGAAGAAAUUAAAAGAUAAUGUUCAGUGUGAAAUUUUUCAAAUUCUUUAUGAAGAAGCAUUAGCAUCCUACAGCGAAGACAUAGUGCAUCAACUGCCCAGCGAUAAACCAGAAGAUCUAGAGAAUAAUAUCAAUCAGAUAUUGAAAUGGAUUGAGCAAUGGACCAAAGAUCAUAGCUCUUGA